UAGUGCAGGGAGCCGCGUUGAACUCAAAAAUAAAGAGAAGGCUUUAGGAAAGUGACCGAGGGCUGAUGUAGGGUUCUCAGAGAGGAGAACAGUGAGAGCUGUUUUUAGUGUUUUUCACAUAGGACGAGAAGACCAAAGACAAAACACCUCUCCAAGAUGCUUUGUCAUGUAACUCGACCGGAUUCGGUGGUAAUGGAGAUUGAAGUGGAUACAAAGGCGAACGGAGAAGACUGUCUGAAUAAGGUAUGUCGGAAGCUGGGAAUCAUAGAAGUUGAUUACUUUGGGCUGCAGUUUUCUGGCAGCAAAGGAGAAAACCUGUGGCUGAACCUGAGGAACAGAAUCUCCCAGCAGAUGGACAAUCUCACACCCUGCAGACUACGACUCCGAGUGAAGUUCUUUGUGGAGCCUCAUCUUAUUCUGCAGGAACAGACGAGACACCUGUUUUUUAUGCAUGUGAAAGAGGAUCUUCAUCGUGGACAUCUGCGGAUGUGCUCCGAACAAGCCGAAGUGCUCAGCGCCCUUCUCGCCCAAGCUGAGUUUGGCGACUACAACCAGAACACAGCCAAGUACUGGUACACUGAACUCUGUGGUCAAGAGCCCAACCAGGCAACCAUCAACAGUAUCAUAGCAAAGCACAAGGCUCUGGAGGGUUUUAGUCAGGGCUCGGUGGAGUACCAGGCCCUGCAGCUGGUCUCAUCACUGGAUCAUUAUGGAGUGGAGUGGCACUGGGUCCGGGGUGCAGAGGGACAGAGGUUGGCAAUCGGAGUGGGGCCAGAGGGCAUCGCUAUCUGUCGAGAAGACUUCACCCUGGUUAACAGGAUAUCCUAUCCCAUGAUACAAAUUGCCACACAAUCAGGGAAGAGUGUGUACUUAACAGUCACCAAGGAAACCAGUGACAGUGUGGUCCUGCUGUUCAAGUUGAUCAGUAAUCGAGCAGCCAGUGGACUGUACCGGGCGAUCACAGAGACACAUGCCUUUUACAGAUGUGACACAGUUACCAAUGCGGUCAUGAUGCAAUAUAGCCGGGAUUUCAAGGGUCAUCUGGCUUCACUUUUCCUUAAUGAGAAUAUCAACCUUGGCAAGAAGUACGUUUUCGACAUCCGCCGCACCUCCAAGGAAGUGUACGACUACGCCAGGCGCGCGCUCUACAAUGCUGGUAUCGUGGAAAUGAUGUCGAGGCCAGGUGAGCGCACCCCUUUAUCGCGCUCACCCUCACGUGACCAGGAGGGGCUGCUUGACUGCGGAGGCUGCCAGCAGAGCCGCCUGCUGCAGGAGAAGCUGCAGAAACUGCGGGAGGCGCUGCUGUGCAUGCUAUGCUGCGAGGAGGAGAUUGACGCCGCAUUUUGCCCCUGCGGACACAUGGUCUGUUGCCAGAACUGUACUGCACAGCUGCAGUCGUGUCCAGUGUGUCGGUCAGAGGUGGAACACGUCCAGCACGUCUACUUGCCCACGUGCACCAGUCUGCUCAGUCUGACCAUCGCUGGUGGCAACAGCCCCGAACCUAUCCACCGAGUAAUGACCGCCCACACCUGCACUACCAAUGACUACUCCACCAGUGAGAAGAUCUACCAAAACUAAGCUUGCCUACCAGUCUUCCGUGAGACUUUUAUUAGAUAUGACUCCGUGGCCAACUAAGAGUCGGAACACCGUGAUGGUUGGGUCACUUGGAAAUGUUGUUUUUGAAACCAUUGACAGACUCUGUUCAGUCUUUGAUAUUUGUUUAUCAUGUUUGUCUCUUAAAUUAAUUUAAUCAGUUGAUCUGAUAAAUGUUUUUCAAAAGAUAUUUAUAGAAUUUUUUUUUAUAUAUAUAUAUACUCCAUAGCAUGCUGCAAGUUCAAACAGACAUGUUUGCCCCAUAAGCUGCACAAAUUUGUUUUAAGCGAUGAGGAAUUCUAUUGUUUAGGAAGUAGCUUUCGUUUUCCUAAUUUAAUUGAGUUUUAUGUUGUGCUUUUAAUAUGCAAUAUCCACUUUUCAGUAUGUUCCUUUUGCAGUGGAUUUGAGUUUGUUUUAGGUUUGUUUUGAGGUCUUCGAAGUUUCCAUGCCAAUGACAAGGUAAUUAUGGUGAGGGGCGCCAACCCUCGCAGCACUUUGAGUAGAGAGGAAGUUGUCAAACUACUGAUCAUCCAUUUACAUGUUGAUUCACGGCUUCCAUGACCAACACUCCAAACCCUGAACGGGCAUUAAUGGAUCGUGUUGCCCGGAGGUUUGCUUUCUAAAGCUUGUAUUUCACUAUUAUGGUCAACCUGUGAUUUUUGCUUUUGAAUUGAAAGGGUACUGAAUUGUCUUAUCAGUGCAGUGCUAACCAGAGAUUUUAUUUUAUUUUUUACCUUUUUUAAAGCUUGUUUUGUGGAAGUUAUCUAUAGAAAAGUAAAAAUAAGAUGAAUAUCUUAUAGCCACUGUCACUUUACCAAGGAGUUUUCUAUGUGUAUUGUUCCUAGGGGUUUGCCUUAAUGUAGCAGCAACACAGUGUGUUUGACAUGCAUUCUUUCUUUGCACAGACUAUUAUUGAAAGAUGAAGAGGACUAUUUUCUUUACUGCUGACACGUUAUCGAACCGGCACAGCAGGGGAUAUUUUUUCAAUUUGUACAAGUAGGAUUUGUUUCUGUUUGUUUGAAGCAAAAACUAUGCGCUGUAAAUAGAGAAAUAACUCUCAAACUUAUAUAUAUCUUUGAACAAGAGGUAUUAAUAAAGCUGUUUUUUGAAACUUA